AAUUGCAACAGUUCAUACAAGUUGCUUCAGAUACUUUAGCUACAAGAAAGCUAGAAUUACGUGGUUGGGAAUACAGUGACCCAACAGAUAAUUCCUCUAGUACCACAAAUGUAUUAGGAAUGAUUUGGGAACGAUGUGGAGAUUACCUUUGCCUUAAUAUUACUAACAUCACCUACAAUCUACCAGAAAUUUUGUCUAAAAGAGAGAUUUUAGCUACUACACACAAAAUAUUCGACCCUUUAGGAAUAGCUUGCCCCGUAACUCUUGUGCCGAAACUUUUACUUCAGCACCUAUGGGAAGUUAAGUUAUCUUGGGACCAAGAAGUUGAUUCAAAUUCAAAAUCACAAUUUUGUAAAUGGUUGAAUGAUUUGCAGUGUCUGGAAAGAAUGAGAAUACCAAGAUGGUUAAACUGUGAUCGUGAGAUUGAAAAUAUCUCACUUCAUUUCUUCAGUGAUGCAAGUAAACUUGCAUAUUCAGCUGUGGCCUUUGUUCGAGUACAAACAAGAGAUUCGGUUCAAGUUCAUUUGGUGCAAGCUAAAGCGAGAGUUGCACCCAGCAGAAGGAAAAAGACAACAAUAGCUCGAUUGGAACUUCUUGGAGCUACAAUAUGUACACGUUUAGCAUCCAGCAUAAUACCUGAAUUUCAAGCUGAUGAUAUUUAUUUUUGGACAGAUUCGUCUACUGUGCUAGCUUGGAUACAGAGGAAUAAAGUAUGGGACGUAUUUGUUCACAACAGAAUUAAGGAAAUAAAGCGACUGACUUCUAUUGAAUCUUGGAGGCACGUACCAGGAUCACUGAAUCCUGCUGAUUUGCCCAGUAGAGGAUGCUCUGCUUCUUAUUUAAUUAAAUCUAGAUGGUGGGAAGGUCCUAUAAAUGGCUAUAUUUAUCACCAGAAAAAUGGCCAAAGAAGAUUUUAG